AUGUUGAAGAGUAAAACUGGGAUGGAAGAUGGAUUUCUAAGUAGUGUUGGAGCUGGAGAUUCUACAAUGCUGGAACCACCAACUGAAAUUACUGCACUUGUUGUGGAUGAUGACACUAUAAAUCAAAUGAUUCAUCAUAGACUUUUGGACAAUCUAGGCAUACGAAAUCAGGUGGUGAGGAAUGGCAAAGAAGCUAUUGAUGUCCAUUGUUCAGGAAAGAACUUUGACCUUAUUUUGAUGGACAUGGAAAUGCCUGUCAUGAAUGGCAUCGAGGCAACAAGGAAACUCCGUGCUAUGGGCAUCCGAAGCAUGAUUGCGGGUGUAUCGACAAACACAAGAGAAAGAGAAAAUUUUAUGGAAGCUGGACUAGAUGACUAUCAAGAGAAGCCCUUGACAACUAGUAAGCUCGUUUCAAUCCUCCAUAAAGUCCACAAAGAUGAUUGA